UGAUGAACUCUUCAGAACUUCCCCUGGAUCCUAACCUUCAGACCAGUAACCUGCUCAUCACCUUCCUCAAGUACUCCUCCAUCGUCAUGCAGGACACCAAAGAUGAACACAGACUCAACAGUGCCAGACUCUGUCUCAUCAUCCUCACCUGUAUAACGGAGGACCAGUAUGCUGAUGCCUUUCUCCAUGACGACAACAUGAACUUCAGAGUCAAUCUACACAGAAUGCCCAUGAGACACAGGAAGAAGGCAGCAGAGAAGAACGUCCCGUCCAGACCACUGGUGUGUGCUGUUCUAGAUCUGAUGGUUGAGUUCAUCGUCACUCAUAUGAUGAAGGACUUUCCUAUGGAUCUCUACAUGCGUUGUGUACAGGUGAUUCACAAGCUGAUCUGCUACCAGAAGAAAUGCAGAAUCAGGUUACACUAUACCUGGAGAGAACUGUGGUCAGCUCUGAUCAACCUGUUGAAAUUCCUGCUGUCCAAUGAGACCGUUCUGUUGGCCAAGCACAACAUCUUUCACCUGGCUCUACUGGUGGUGAAUCUGUUCAACAUGUUUAUAACAUAUGGAGAUACGUUCCUGCCCACCUCCAACAGUUAUGAUGAACUUUACUAUGAGAUCGUCAGGAUGCACCAGAUCUUUGACAACCUCUACUGCAUGGUACUGAGAGUGUCCACCAACGCAGGCCAGUGGAAGGAGCCUGCCAGUAAAGUCACACACUCACUGGUCAACGUCAGGGCCAUUAUCAACCAUUUCAACCCCAAGAUUGAGUCCUACGCUGCAGUGAACCACAUCUCCCAGCUGUCUGAGGACCAGGUAAACACGCCCCUUAUGAUGUCACAGGACACUCUAUUAUGAGUGUGAAAUCAACAAUGAUGUCACAACAAGCCUUUUAUGAUGUCACAACAUGCCUACUUGGGAUGUCAUAAUGGCCCAGUGAAAGUUUCUGCAUUCUUUAUGAUGUCACAAUGGCCAUCUGAUGACAUCACAAUGACAACAGUGUUUAAAUUCAGACUGUGGCUCUUUAUGACAUCACAAUGGAACUCAUCCCAUGAAACAGUGUUCUUUGCAUUGCACCAGGAGAUAGGCUUUUAACCACACUCCAUCAGGCAGCGUUUAAUGAGAUGAGAGAAAAAUGAAGGGCCAGGAAAGGGAGGAGAGGAAAGAAAGGGAGGAGAGGAAAGAAAG